AGCGCGCCGACAAACAGAAUUGAUGUUCAUCGGGAAAUAAACCCGUCUCUCCAGUCAACCCCAGGUAGAAGCUGUGCCUGCUCCUUGCAGGGUCAAACGGAUCGGAUCCUGUAUGAACAAGUGGUUUAAAAUUCUCGCCACGGAUUAGUAUUGCUAACGUGUCUGUGCGGCUGUCCGCACCCCAAGUGGCUGUGGCUGCUUGAUCCCAUUUCUCUCGGGACACCAAAGCUAGGAAGCCCUGCCUUUUGCAAUAAAAGUGUCCCAGACACAUGUCUCAUACAUGUUUCUUUCCAGCUCCCCACGCAUGGCCCAGUGCUACUUCCAUGCUCCACUGCAAACCAUCACGAGCAAGGUCACCUCUGGCAUGGUUUGCUUUGACACCUGGAGUCAUAUAGAUCAGGACACUCCUGUUCCCAUUCAGGCUCACUUUACCCUUGAAUCAACGGUACUGCUCCUGGAGACCGUGCUAGCAAACCAGAAUAAGAGUCUCAAAAUAUGGCACUUUGAUGAAUGCAAAACAUCCAUCGCAACCACUUCAGUCCCCUGAUCCUAACACACACCUGUCCUUUCCAUGAUAUCCAGCAGAGAGGCAAGUUCACAACCAUCUAAGUGCAAAUUUCAUCCCAUUCUCCCCCCCUCACUGGGCACGGUAUAUUUGGCUAUAGCUUAUUUCCCAGGCUGGAUCCAUGAUACCCCCACGCCCAUUUAUGUCCAAAGUAUUUCAAGAAAAAAAUGUCUGGUGACGUACUUCUCAUUGCGUGAAAGGCAGAGUCCCUUGCCUAGCGCUCUGCAGGUUUCCGGAGGGAGAGUCCCCUCCGCUGACGGAGGUUUUCUUUCUGCAAAGAGAGCUUUGUUAGGCAGGUUGUGCUAGAUGAUGAAACAGCUCCAUGUGUGGAAAUGACACUGAGCCAAGAAAAUGGGACUGCAAACAGCCUUUUAUUGUCACCAGGAGCAAGGAGGCUGCUGCUGUCUCUAGGCCCCUCCUCGCCCUCUUUGCGAGGACACCUGCUACUGGAGAGCGCUGGGCUGCUGCCAGGAGCGCUCUCAGGCCAAAGGGAGCCCCUUUCACCUGUGCAUUAAAAGCUGCUUAGCCCUUGCCAUGCAAAACCGAUGUAGAAAAAUGCUGGAAGGUGGGUGGUUUCCCUAGAGGGAACCUCACUCUGCUACACAUGCAAUCCACAGGGCAAAGGACUGAUUCCCAAGCCAAAAAAGGCUUGGCGGGGUGUGGGGGAGUAGUUGAACGCUGCAGCAUGCUCAAGCUAGACCAUCCCGGGGCUGGCACAAGGAAUGGUUUUAAACAUCUUCAGCAAGGAUCCCUGAAGUUUAAUUAUCUCCAGCUAACACCAGGCCCCUAGGGAGAGGCGAGAAGCCAUGGGGGAAGAGCGGUACCUUGUGCGGAGAGCUGGCAGCCGCUGACGUGUGGGGCAGAGGCUCUGUAAUGCAGAAGGAUGCCACUGGCCUUGCUCUAUUGUAAAGCAAAGUGGAUGCGACAGGACUGUGAGAACCCCAUUACUUUUCUGCAUUGUGCUGGUUAUUUAUAAAUCAGCAUGGGCAUGGAGGGCAGUACUUGGGAAGGGGAGACGGACUGAAACGCAUUCAUGAUGGUAUCUCCUCCCCCCGACAUGCUGCCUGCACAUGCACGCAUGCACACACCUGGCAUCACCGUUUCGGCUUGGAAACCAGCUGAGAGUGGAGCUAACUUUUCCUUUGUUAAAACAACGCCUCCUGCAUCGGUGCUGGGGUCAGGUGAGAGGGUCCUGAGGUCCCUGCCAUUAUUCUGUAGUACCUGCAGAGCCUGCCACCCACGCUCGUGCCAGCGGGCAGCUGUAGGCGGGUACAGCUUGUUUCAUCCCACCCCUCAUCGAUACCGCAGUCUCCUAGCCUUCCUCCCACCGCGGUUCUUCAACCACAUUGCCCUUCCUGCCAGUGGUUUUCUCUCUUCCUCACCACUGGAACAAGGGUCCUAAAGCACACCGGCUUCUGUUAGCCUGGAAAGAGGAGAAGCAGGUGCAGGGCAUUUCAGUCCAGCAAUUUAAAGCGCUGGGACUGGAAAGGAGAAAAAGGGGAAGGAAACCCUUUCAUUUUGGAUGUUUGCCAGAAACAGAAUUAGGUCCUUGCUACAGAAGUCCUGCAAAAAACGACGUGCUGAGGUUUCUCCGCUCUACUGGAAGCUCCUGCAGACAUCGGGAAAGGCCUGUGAACGUGCUUACACGUGGGAUUUGCUGUGCCAGCAGGUUUCUAUGAGUUGCCUUGAAAACCUCUGGGAAUAACCUGCUUGAGACGUAGAGAUCCUCCCUGCGCACCUGCACGUGGUAAGCCCAGUCUGUCCUGAUAACUGCGUGUGUUCAGAGAUCAGGCAUGUUGUGUGCACAGGCAUCAGCGUACAUGCAAAUGGAGCAGCUGCAAAGAACCUGGCAAGGACUGGAUAAAUCGUGCCCGAGGAAAAAGUGCAGAUCUGCAAGACCGACUCAGAGGAAGCUCCUAACUACUGGAUCAGAGAGAAGGGAACCCUUCACCAGCUAGAUAUUGCAACAGAUGCCUGGGCUUCUUUCUAGGAAGUUGCUGGAUUGAGAGCAAGUGCUUGCAGUGACCUUGGAACACAGCACUAGGAAGGAGCUUGCAAUUACCCGGUCAAAGAAAUGCUAAACAUGCUGAUUUUUUAUUUUUUUUAAUUAUUUUUUAAGCACUGAUGCUGCCAGGUUUUCUGCCCCUGGGCCUGGUACCAGCUCACGCAAACUCCUGUUUCAGUUGCAUGCUUGAAGCAAGCAAGCAAAGGGAGGAAAGCUUCUUCACAGCAAAGUCCGUUCAGACGCAGCGUGAGUAAUGUCACACGUGUCGAGUACGUGCGGUGGGGAGCCUGCGGCAGCCCGGCAGGAAAGCUGUGAACUCUCUGCCCGCUGUGAGCUGGGCCGUGCCGCUGGGACAUGACGGUGCGCUAUGAAAUGCAAAGCCAGCACCCGUCACGUGCCUGCCAGUCUCGUGACGAGCACCCCCAGGAUGUCACUGGCUGGGAGGGAAGUGUCCUAGUCCAGCUGUCAGACAGCCAAGCGCUGGAUUUUUCCUUCCCAGGGACAGUGCCACCUGGUGCCAGCCCUCAUCAGUCACUGUUCAAAGUGUCGGUUUGGAAAAGCAAUUGUAGAAUGAGGUGUGGGGGGGGUCUAGCAUUGUUCUUACUUCAAACAUGCUUGGUUUGUAAGUGAAAAGAGAGGAUGUGUGUCCCCCCCAUGUUGCAUAUCCAGUUGGGGAUGUGGAAAUCCAGCUGCGUUUUGUCUGUCUUGCAGUCUGAGAACGUAGCAAAGGCAAAUCCACGGAGAGCGCAGAAGGCAAGACACCAUCCUGUUCAUUCUUCUUGCACGCUUGCUUUGCUAAUAGGAGUAAAUGAAGCAGCUGAGCCUGCUCUGGCCUGGGUCGCUAUUGCUGGGGGAGGGUUACUCCUAUGGUUAGCCCCAGGAACUGGGCUGAGCCACACACCCCCCUGCCAGCUGAUGCAGGCAGCAAUGGGAGAGUGGACAGAUCCCAUCACACAGGGGCUCUCGUCUCGGCACGGCCUGUCUGUGCGCGUGGGAGUGCAGCCCAAGGGGUGCUGUCCAGAGCUGUGUGUGGUCUGACUGCUUCCAAGGAAAUGCCUCUUGCCCUGGCCCCGGCGGGUGGCUGAGACGACAUCCAAAGCUCUGGCCAAACUCCAGGCUGAAUGCUAUGGGUCCAGCUCCACGCAGGUGAUCACAGCUCAGGGCACAAGUUGGCGUGAGCGCAGCCACAGGAGCCGGGCGACAUGUUUUACAUGCAUUUGCUUGUGAACAAGCGGGAGCCGCUGGCCAAGAUAUGGCUUGCUGCCCACUGGGAGAAGAAGCUCACAAGAGCUCAUAUAUUUGAAUGUAAUUUAGAGAUGACUAUCGAAAAGAUCGUCUCGCCGAAGGUCAGAAUUGCUCUGCGAACCUCAGGGCACCUGCUCUUGGGAGUGGUGCGAAUUUAUCACCGAAAGACAAAGUACCUCUUGGCAGACUGCAGUGAAGCUUUGGUGAAAAUGAAGAUGGCCUUUCGUCCAGGACUUGUUGACCUUCCAAAAGAGAACUUUGAAGCGACUUAUCGCUCCAUCACGUUGCCUGAAGACUUCCAUGAUUUUGACACACCACUACCUGACUUGAAUGCCAUUGAUGUUGCUGAACACUUCUGUUUGAAUCAGAGCAGAGCUGAAGACAUCACCCUUAGAGAGGACUAUGGAAGGGAUAUACUUCUCUGUGAGGGGAAUUUUGGUGAGGAGACCGCAAUACUAAGGCAGCAUAACUUCUUUGAUGACAGCAUACUAAUAAGUACUAAUAGUCUUUUGGCUGAUCACAACUCUUCGAGCCUCACUGGAGACAAAUCUAGGCUGUGUGAAGAUGCAUAUAUAUUUAAACUUGAUGGUUUUGGAGAUGAAGAGGCUGCUGGGGAUAUGAUUGACGAUCUGUUGAAAGCUGAGCAAAAUAGCCUAAUUAAAGACCUUCUUGAUCUGGAAGAAGUUCCUUUCUCACAGGAGCUCCCUGGUGACAGUGCAGUGGUGCAUUCCAGCCACGAAGAGUCACUAUAUGAAGCAGAAAACCAUCCAAUGAGUGAGACUGUACUGUUGCCAGAUGAAGAGGAAGGGUUUGCACUUGAGCCCGUUGAUGCUACAGUUUUCACUGGGUGGAAAGAGAAAAGGAAGCGGAAGUUGCUUGUUGAUGUAGUCAAGGAGCUCAGCAGUAAAACUAUUCAGAAACAGCUUAGCAACUACACAGACACAGAAACUGUGCUGGAUCUUGCACCCCCCACAAAAAGGCUGAUGAAGUGGAAGAAAUCAGGAGGAGUGCAUAAACUUCUUUCCCGUGCUACCGAGCCAUUGAUUAAUGUUGAGCUACAAAAGUUAUUUGCAAACUGCUUCAAGUAUCAUGGCUUUAAAACUGGAAGCAAGAAUAUAGAAAUGGGAUCUGAAGAACCAGAGAGAGAGCAAGAUACUAAAGAGACAUUGGUAAUUGAAGAGCCACUGACUGAAGACCUGAGUUAUUCACAGGACGCAGCUCACGGAGGACCCCAGGGACCCAUAAUGGAUGAUUCAUUUGUGUCGACGACGUUACAGAACAGUAGAAAUGGGACUACUAAUGAAAAGACACAGGAUAUGUUGUCUGCUUUGUCCGAGGCCUGUUCACUGGAAAGUGAGAUUCAGCAAGCUGAAUUGACCGCGUCUCCUAGGCAGGAGCUAAUAAGGAAUGAUCAAGACAGCGAAGAAAAAAGGUGGAGCAAAAGAACUCUUCAGAUAUUAAACACUCUGCAGCACGUCAGCAAUUCAGGAGUGAAGUCCUUCAGCUUGCUGGAGCUCUGUCAGAGCAAUGACCGGAAACAAGUCGCCGCCAAAUUUUACAGUUUUCUUGUUCUAAAGAAACAGUUGGCUCUUGAACUUUCUCAGAGUGCCCCUUAUGCUGAUAUAAUAGCAAGUAUGGGUCCAAAGUUCAAUACUAUAUGAAACCAUCAAUAACGAUGAACUGCAUUGUAUGCUUAUUGUUCAAAAAAUCCCAAGAGACAGUAUGGAGGCCACACGGCUUGUGGUGAUUAGAUGCCGCACCCGUUACACUUAGUGCUUCCUCUCAGGACUGCAUAGAAACUAAAAUUGUGUAGAUAUACAUAUAUAUUCCAUGGUUAUUAGUAGUCAAGAUAUUUAUCAUCAGCUUUGUUUCUCGGGGGGUUCAAACAAAUAUCAUUAAUAGUUAAAUAUGUUGUUAAUGAAGAAUAGCUUAAAAUGGGCAUUCGACAUAGGUGAGUUUUAAAUUUCCUGUUAAUUUUAUUUAUAGAAAAUCCUUCAAAAGUUGAGUAAAACUGGCCUGGAGUCCAAUUUUGGGGCUACGGAAUAUACUUUUUAAAAAAGAUGAGCCAUAAUCCUUCUCAGUGGGUUACUUUUCAAAACUAAAUAAAUAUUCAAUCCAUAUUUCUUAAGAUAAAUUAAUACAUUUGAAUGUUUCCCAUGGUAUUAUAUCGCUAUACACACUCAUAUUUGAUGGCUGUGAAAUCUUGUUGACUAUUGCAAAUAUUCAAUUUAUGCAUGUCUGACAAUUUCAGGCUCUAUCAUGAGGUACAGUACAUUCUGCUUGCUUCAUAGCAGAAAGCCACAGGUAUUUCUUUUUUAGCUUAAUUUUGAUCUGAAAGCACUGACAAAGCACUCUUUUACUCUGGUAAUAAAGUGAUACCUUACACAGCCUUUAUUAGAAACAACUGUCUGUCUUAAAAUUAAAACAUUCUUAGAAGUUAUAUUCAGAUUUUUAUAUUUUAAGGUCUUUAUGCCAGCCCCAAAAUAUUCAUACAGCAUCAGGGCGAUGCAUAGGACUAUGCUCACUAAGUAUUUUACCCAAAAAUAAAAAUUUCUUAGAAGAGAUAUUUAUUCUUUAAAUUAUGUGUUGGCCUGUUUACAAUUCUGUGUUGAUGUAUUGUGUUAAAUGGAUGUAUCUUUAGCUCAUUGCAACAUCACCUGUCCUCUAGGAUGUUCUGUCACUUUUAUUUCCAUGUUGUACACUGAAGUUUUCUGCAUAGAUAAAUCAGUUGUGUUGAGUAUGCUGAAAUGUGAGGGGGCAAUAUAUAUUAAACAUUAAGCAUACA